AUGCCUGAAUACUCCUACUACCCCACCGGAAAUGCUGAGGUAAUCAAGCAACUGAACAUGAGCAAGCAUCCCGAGGGAGGUUACUUUGCGGAAACUGAUCGGCGGCCCGAAACUGUUCCGUCUCCUUUCGCCGAUAAUGCCACUCGAUCGCUCGCUACCUCGAUAUUCUACUUACUGACGCACGAAGAGCCCAAUGGAUAUAUUCAUAUGAAUAAAUCAGUGACCUAUCACGUCCUCCACCACGGCCGGGCAGAAUACACCCUCAUCCACCCAGGCAGCCCUCCCCGCAUCGAGAAGAAAAUCGUCGGCACAAACGCUGCCGCAGGGGAGCUGCGCCAGCUGCUCGUCGGCACAGGCGUCUGGAAGAUGUCCCGCGUCCUACCCGAGGACCGCGCCGCUGCGAAGACCGACGAGGAGAAAGACCACGUAGGGUGCUUGAUCACGGAGGUCGUCGUGCCCGGCUUCGCUUGGGAGGACCAUCAGUAUCUGACUCUCGAUGGGCUGCAUAAAUUGUUUGCGGGCGUGGAAGGGGCGGAGGAGAAAAUUAGAGUACUGAGCAUCUUCAUUCGUAAGAACUAGAGUACAGAGCCCUUAACAGUGUUAGAGCGUCGACCCUGUAUGCAUCGCACAUACGAACAACAGGAUGGCUGUGAACUUUAGAGCGUAACAG